UGCACACAUUUGGUAGCCUACCAUCACCAGUCUCCACUCCUGUCGGCUGCUCCCUAGGACAGAGACCCUGUCGAUUGCAGGAGGUUCUUCUCUUUAGCUCAAGUCAGCUUCUACCUGCAGCAGGAAGAAAGGUCGCUGUGCAGGAAAUCACAGGGACUGGCCAGCAUCUUGAUAAGCCCCCUCCAACACCAGGUUCCACUCCUACCCUGCAGACUUCUCUAGAGAGAAAUAUCUACUAGCAACUGUCAAUCCUAAGAGGCUCACCUAUCCGCAGGGGUCAAGAAUGGAGGAAAGGGUCACCAGUGGAGGGUUUCUAAACAUGGAUCCAACUCUCUCAACCUUGGAGAUGGAAGCCACAUAUGUGAACGACAUGUUCUCACCUCAACCUUCAAUUAGCAACAUGGAGUACUUGAUCGUGAACUCUCUGCGCCUGCUCUUUGCCCUGGUUGGACUGGCAGGAAACUCUGUUGUGCUCUGGCUACUGAGCUUCCACAUUCGGAGGAACACAUUCCACACCUACAUCCUCAAUCUGGCGGGCGCUGACUUCCUUUUCCUUUGCUUCCAGAUUAUAUAUUCUCUGGGAAGAUUCACCUUCUUCUCCAUCCCCGACUUUUGCAUUUCUUUGUGGACCUUUGCAUACCUCUCUAGCUUGAGCAUCCUUAGUGCCAUCAGCACUGAGCGCUGCCUGUCUGUCCUGUUUCCCAUAUGGUACCACUGCCGCCGCCCAAAACGCAUGUCAGCUGUCAUGUGUGCCCUGCUCUGGGCCCUGUCCCUGCUGCUGAGCAUCCUGGAAGGAAAGUACUGUGACUUCCUGUUUCAGAAUUAUAACCAUGAUUUGUGCCAGGAGUUCGACUUCCUCACCGCUGCCUGGCUGAUUUUCUUGUUUGUGCUUCUCUCUUGGACCAGCCUGGCCCUGCUGCUCAGGUUACAGUGUGGCUCCCAGAGGAUGCAGCUGACCCGGAUGUACUUGACCAUCGGGCUCACAGUGCUGGUCUUCCUCCUUUUUGGCCUGCCUUGGGGCAUCCACUGGUUCCUUGUGAUAUGGCUUCAGAUAGAAUUUAAUGUGUUCUUUGACUAUGCUUCUGUGUUGGUUCUGUUGUCCUGUGUCAACAGCUGCACUAACCCCUUCAUUUACUUCUUCGUUGGAUCCUAUAGGAAGCAGCGACAACAGAGGCGGCCAACCUUCAAGCUGAUUCUACAGAGAGCUUUGCAGGAUGAUCUGGAGGAGGAUCAAGGUGAAGGCAGCCACCCUCAGGAGACCCUAGAGAUGUCAGGAAGAAGUGAGAUGUCCUGAAGAUACUGCUUGGGUUACACAGGUGUGACUUGGGGAACCAACUUAUUUUGCUCAUAAGUUUGGGAAGUUUUCCCAACUUCUCUCUGCAUAGGGUCACUGGUAUUAAUCAUGCUCCUUGAGAAAGUGGGAUAAGACAGCACCUGGUAAGCAAACACUGAAUGCAGUUUCUCAAGGGUCCUCUAACUCAGGCAUCUUCCCCCCUCCCAUUCUCACAUGAAGUUUGCCAAAUUGGGAUUCCACAGGUUCCCAAUUUGGAAGAUUCUCAUUCAGCAAAGGGUAGAAUCAAUGGAAGAACAGUCUGAAUAUUACUGCAACCAAGAAGAUGAAAUUAUGUCGUUUGGAACAAAAUGGAUAGAACUGGAGGUGAUUAUGCCUUGUGAAAUAAGUAGAGAGGAAAGACAGCUACCAGAUGGUUUCCUUCAUAUGUGGAAUCUAGAGAUCUGAUUUACAAGAAUUUGCAAAAAAAAAAAAAAAGAAGGAAGCAAAUGGUUUCUAAAACUUGUGAGAACUCUGGUGGUUAUCUUUGGGAGGUGAGAGGGUGGGAAUACAGAGCUUUGGUGGUGGUGGGUGUGGUGUAGGUACAUUGUAACCAUAUAAUCUUGUAACACAAUAUUAAUACAAAUAAUAAAUAAUAAACAUUAUUAGUUCUCUAGGGCUGGAGAAAUAUAAUGGUUAUGCAAAAAGACUCUCGUGCCUAAGGCUCCAAAGUCCUAGGUUCAAUUCCAUAUACCAAUAUAAGCCAGAGUUGAGCAGUACUUUUGUAAAAUAAAAUAAAAAUUAUGGGUUCUCUGUUUUAUCUAUUACUGUUUUAUCUAUUAUUUUAUCUAUUAUUAUCUAGUCUCCAUGCUUGCUUUUGUCCAACAAAUUGCCCCAAUUUAGUUACUGUUGCUUUAAAAUACUCUUUGAAGUCAGAGAGUAAGAUGUUUUCAUUUCUCUUAAAAAUUCUUUCCCCUUCUAUUGUUAUUAUCACCAAUUCCUGAUCUCCCCUCCUCUGUGAGACUGAGUCUACUAGUUAAACUUUCCAAGUUACAUUAAAUUUCAUGCAAUGUGUUCAUCAUUUCCAAAUAUCUUCCCUCAUUUGCUGGGUUGCCUGGUUAUGCUUAUGUAGUUUGCUUUCAGUGUAUAGAAGUUCUGUAAUGCCAUGUUACCCCAUAUAUCUGCUCUUAAUUUCAUUUUCCAUGCCCUUGGGGUUGAGCCUCCAAAUACAUCUUUGAUGUGAAAAUUCUGAAGUUUCACUGACA